AUGGCGAGAACGAGCGUCAUGCAGAGAGCAGCUGCAAUGCCCUCAAUCCAUGAAAGGGCGCUGGGAGUGUAUGUACGAACUCCUGACGGUGGUCUCAUCCGUUGCGUGGGACUGCAUUCGCAAUGGAUCCAAUAUACCUGGUCAGCAAUCCGAUCGACAGUUAUAGCUACACGCCCAAGUCUGGAUCAUUGCCUUAAGGUUUGCCUACCUGGCAAUGAUGACGACUUUGGAUUGCAGGAAGUCGACAUCUACGAAAGACAAAGAGCGAAUACGGAGAGUAUCGUCGGUUUCAUGCUCAAACCUGCUCUACCGGGUUGGACGAUUGGCACAAUGUCGAUAGAUCAGCUCUUUGCAGAACUUAUAUUAGACCGUAUCGAUAUCACUGCGACCACUCUUCCAGCAGUAACCGAGCCUUCGGUAGACUUAACAAUUGAACAGAUCGUCAAUCUGUUCGACAAAGAGCUCCGGUAUUGCGUGCAGAAUGAUCAAUGGGAAGCUCAGGGUCGAAGUUACUUUGCAGAAAAAGUGCGUUUUUUUGUACGUCAUAGUUCCACAUUGCAACUGUGCCUUCCGGCGUUUCCAUGCAAGUCAUCGAAUCUUGACAAGGUCAUCGGUGUCCUCCCAGACAGGGGCGAGGAAAUUGCAUUGCGCCGACUGCAUGCAUUUGCACAUCAAGUCGAACAAAUAUAUCCACCUGGAGCUAAAAUCUUAAUCAUCAGUGAUGGUCACGUCUUUAGCGACUGCAUCGGCGUUGACGAUGAGACAGUAGAUAAAUAUGGUGAACAUCUCAAAGUGCUCAAUCAAGCCAUCUCUCUAGCCAUGGGUGAAGAAAAUGAGCGAGUUCAGUUUCAAUCCCUUGUUGACUUGUUCAAUCUGAGAUCGGUCUCACCUCUGACUUCCCCGAUUGCUGUCGGAAUGCUGGAUCUCCCCGAACUGCAACAUUACCUCGCCACAAAUCUCGACAACAUCGCUGAAUUGUGUCGUCGAAUUCUAGUAGCCGGCUGUCAGCCUUCUGAAGAGAGUCUUCGUACACAAAUCAAAUCCGGGGACGAGUCUACUUUAGCUUUGUAUCGUGGGUUUUCGCGAUUCAUGCUCCAGGAUUUAGAUCGACAUCCACUCACACAGUCGCAGUCGCGCUCUCAACGAAAGAAGCUUGCAGCUAAAGUCUCCUUCGAGAUGAUCUUGCGAAAUCAAGCAUAUUCCAAUCUGAUUGAGCUGAUAUUCCCGGAUUGUCUACGCCUGUCAAUCCAUGCCCACAAUAACUCCGGCCCUAAGUUCGGGGUCAGACUAUUUGACACUGCGACGGUACGCGCCAUUGGCCAACUAGAUUCAAUCGGUAGUGGUGGUAUCAAAACUGAUGAAGGUGUUGUGACUGCAUCGCAUCUUCUUCAUAUACCAACGCCGUGGCACAAUUGUGUCGUUGAAAUUGCCGGCGAUCCCAAGCUCUACAUCGUCAAAUACGGUGUUGUCAAGGAGGGUUCAUUCAUUCCAAAGUACAGCUCUGACCUCAUCAGGGGGGAUCUUGCAAAGGGUGAAGGUGCUUUUGUAUCGUUGAGAAGACCCGUGGAUUCAGUCAGCACAACGUAG